ACCCAGGGAGUUUAAUUACAAUGGCACUACUUGAAACAGGAGCAGCAGCAGCAGCAACAACAACAACAACAAACGCCACUGUUAGCCCAGUCACAGCUCAGCUCAGUAUUCAGAUUCGAGGAAGCAAGAACCAUUUUUUUUCCUGGGGCACCCUUUUCUACUCAAAUGCCCGCUGAAAAAAAUUCUGCGACAAGCACUGGGAGUGGGAAGAGCGGGUGGAGAUGAAAAAUAGCCCAUAUUCAGGAGUUAGAAAAAUCAUAUUAAUAAAUCACAGGUUUUUUGUUUGUUUUUGUCAGAGACUUGCCACUACCUUCAGCAUCAUCCAUCAGGAAAUCUAGGGUUGGAAAAGUGUACCAACUGGCCUUCCAAAUUGUCUGCAUUUGGCAGAUGCAAAUCACACAGUUCACCCCUACCCUCAGCACUUAAAACGGUAUCAGGGAAACAUAAGCCUCAGUGGAAGAAUCUUGAAGUGAAAAAUAAAUAACUGAUCAGUUUAGAGUUAGCGUUCUUGUGUGCAAGGGGGUUAGUGAAGGUCAGGCUAUGGGGCGCACCCACAGCGUCAGCAAAGGAGGAAGAAUUACGGGGCAGCAUGGGCUGAAGAGCCCCCGAGUUUGGGGGGUCAAGCCAACGGGCUUCGUCUUUGGUAUCCUAGGAUCUCCUCUGCAGACAAUCCUUGGCAGUUUCUCGGUUUGAAUCUCGCCUGUACAUUUCCAGACGAGACAGUCUUACUGAGCGUUCUCACAGCGCCUAGCUCAGAGCUGACCGCAGAGCCGGCUGUCAAUAACAUCUAGAAGCAAAAGCAGCUUUUGAGGUUAGGGGCGGAAGGGCAUUGGUUUUACUUAUUUUAAGGCUGGCGCUCCAGUGCAGCCGGAUCCAACUGCCAGCACAAUGUUCCCGAUCACUUCUUGCUUCCAUUUCAGCCCAGGUGACGUCGGGAAACCCCAUAGGACCCGCUCUGGGCUAAGCGAUUAAGCCGCGUCCUUCAGGUGUCAGUCUCGAUCCGUUCGGAAACCACAACCUCCAGAAUCCCUUGUGCCAGGAGGCCAGGCCGCAAAUAAGAUGGCUCCAGGAGGGUGGAACAUACAGCAGGGGGAAACCUCGUCGUUGGCAGUUUCUUCACGGGAUGUGUUUAAAUUGCCGAGUCCCCACAAACGCGCCACCCCACAAACCUCUUUCGAAGCCGUGGGGGCCACCGCUGCCGCCUUGCCCGCUCUUCCAGGAGCAUGCUGGGAGUUGUAGUCCAGCAGCCGGACUGCGCCGAGCUACCUUUCCCAGCUUGCCCUGCGGCUCGGGCGAUAUCAACAGUUUUUUCCAGAACUCUCUCUCUGCACUGAGAACCCCUUCCCCCCGGUCCCCUUCUCGCCGUCGACUCCUUCUCAUCUGUGGCAACAGAACAGCGGUUGCAGGAGAGGGCUCGGUCCCUCUCCGCGCCGCCCCGAGGGGCACUUCCGGCGGCGGUUCACUUCCUGGUUGGGUGGAUGGAGCCAGGCGGGAGCGCGCGCGGGGGAGGGGCGGCGGGUCAGUCUCCGCCCGGCGCUCCCGGGAUCAGCUGGCGGGCGGGCGGGCGCCGAGCGCGGCCCCGGCUCUCGCUGCAGCGCCGCCUCCUCUCUGCGUCGCAGGCCGGCCCGGCGGCCGUGACAAUGUCGCGGGGCUGGUAGCUGGGCGCCGGCCGCUGAACCGUCUCAAGUUUAAACUUACACGAAUCGCUCUCUGGAGGAGGAGGGGACCCGCCGCGCGAUUGACACGCAUAUUCCUAUAGGCAUCCUCCCUCAGCCCCCACCCCCACGGCCGGAUUCGGGUGGCUCCUCUCCGAGCUGAAAUCCGAGAAGAAAUCCUUGGAUCUCUUUUCUUAAAAAAAAAAAAAAAAAAAAAAUCUAGAAACCAUCGGUAUUUUGCUUUGCUGCUUCCUAUUCGCAAGAUGAAGAAGUUUUUCGACUCCCGGCGAGAGCAGGGCGGCUCUGGCCUGGGCUCCGGCUCCAGCGGAGGAGGGGGCAGCACCUCGGGCCUGGGCAGUGGCUACAUCGGAAGAGUCUUUGGCAUCGGGCGACAGCAGGUCACAGUGGACGAGGUGUUGGCGGAAGGUGGAUUUGCUAUUGUAUUUCUGGUGAGGACAAGCAAUGGGAUGAAAUGUGCCUUGAAACGCAUGUUUGUCAACAAUGAGCAUGAUCUCCAGGUGUGCAAGAGAGAAAUCCAGAUAAUGAGGGACCUGUCAGGGCACAAGAAUAUUGUGGGUUACAUUGAUUCUAGUAUCAACAAUGUGAGUAGCGGUGAUGUAUGGGAAGUGCUCAUUCUGAUGGACUUCUGUAGAGGUGGCCAGGUGGUGAACCUGAUGAACCAGCGCCUGCAAACAGGCUUUACGGAGAAUGAAGUGCUCCAGAUAUUUUGUGAUACCUGUGAAGCUGUUGCCCGCCUGCAUCAGUGCAAAACUCCUAUUAUCCACCGGGACCUGAAGGUUGAAAAUAUCCUCUUGCAUGACCGAGGCCACUAUGUCCUGUGUGACUUUGGAAGUGCCACCAACAAAUUCCAGAAUCCACAAACUGAGGGAGUCAAUGCAGUAGAAGAUGAGAUUAAGAAAUACACAACACUGUCCUAUCGAGCACCAGAAAUGGUCAACCUGUACAGUGGCAAAAUCAUCACUACGAAGGCAGACAUUUGGGCUCUUGGAUGUUUGUUGUAUAAAUUAUGCUACUUCACUUUGCCAUUUGGGGAGAGUCAGGUGGCAAUUUGUGAUGGAAACUUCACAAUUCCUGAUAAUUCUCGAUAUUCUCAAGACAUGCACUGCCUAAUUAGGUAUAUGUUGGAACCAGACCCUGACAAAAGGCCGGAUAUUUACCAGGUGUCCUACUUCUCGUUUAAGCUACUCAAGAAAGAGUGCCCAAUUCCAAAUGUACAGAACUCUCCCAUUCCUGCAAAGCUUCCUGAACCAGUGAAAGCCAGUGAGGCAGCUGCAAAAAAGACCCAGCCAAAGGCCAGACUGACAGAUCCCAUUCCCACCACAGAGACUUCAAUUGCACCCCGCCAGAGGCCUAAAGCUGGGCAGACUCAGCCGAACCCAGGUAUCCUUCCCAUCCAGCCAGCCCUGACACCCCGGAAGAGGGCCACUGUUCAGCCCCCACCUCAGGCUGCAGGAUCCAGCAAUCAGCCUGGCCUUUUAGCCAGUGUUCCCCAACCAAAACCCCAAGCUCCACCCAGCCAGCCUCUGCCACAAUCUCAGGCCAAGCAGCCACAGGCUCCUCCCACUCCACAGCAGACGCCUUCCACUCAGGCCCAGGGUUUGCCCACUCAGGCCCAGGCCACGCCCCAGCACCAGCAGCAACUCUUCCUCAAGCAGCAACAGCAGCAGCAACAGCCACCACCACCACAGCAGCAGCCGGCGGGCACAUUUUACCAGCAGCAGCAGCAGGCCCAGACUCAGCAGUUUCAGGCAGUACAUCCAGCAACCCAGCAACCAGCAAUUGCUCAGUUCCCUGUGGUGUCCCAAGGAGGCUCUCAACAGCAGCUAAUGCAGAAUUUCUACCAGCAGCAGCAGCAGCAGCAACAACAACAACAGCAACAGCAGCAGCAGCUGGCCACAGCCCUGCAUCAACAACAGCUGAUGACUCAGCAAGCUGCCUUGCAGCAAAAGCCCACUGUGGCAGCAGGACAGCAGCCUCAAGCACAGCCAGCUGCUGCCCCACAGCCAGCCCCUGCCCAGGAGCCAGCGCAGAUUCAAGCCCCAGUAAGACAACAGCCAAAGGUUCAGACAACCCCACCUCCUGCCGUCCAGGGGCAGAAAGCUGGAUCUCUCACUCCUCCCUCAUCCCCCAAAACCCAACGUGCUGGGCACAGGCGUAUUCUCAGUGACGUAACCCACAGCGCAGUCUUUGGGGUCCCUGCCAGCAAAUCAACCCAGCUGCUCCAGGCAGCUGCAGCUGAGGCCAGUCUCAAUAAGUCCAAGUCUGCAACCACCACUCCAUCAGGCUCUCCUCGGACCUCUCAGCAAAAUGUUUAUAAUCCUUCAGAAGGGUCUACGUGGAAUCCCUUCGAUGACGACAAUUUCUCCAAACUCACAGCUGAAGAACUACUCAACAAGGACUUUGCCAAGCUGGGGGAAGGCAAGCAUCCCGAGAAGCUUGGAGGCUCAGCUGAGAGUUUGAUCCCAGGCUUUCAGUCAACCCAAGGUGAUGCUUUUGCUACGACCUCAUUUUCUGCUGGAACUGCUGAAAAAAGGAAGGGUGGGCAGACUGUGGACUCUGGCCUCCCGCUUCUAAGUGUGUCUGAUCCUUUCAUUCCUCUUCAAGUACCUGAUGCACCAGAAAAACUAAUUGAGGGACUCAAAUCUCCUGACACUUCUCUUCUGCUCCCUGACCUCUUGCCUAUGACAGAUCCUUUUGGUAGCACUUCCGAUGCUGUAAUUGAAAAAGCUGAUGUUGCUGUUGAGAGUCUCAUACCAGGACUGGAGCCCCCAGUUCCCCAGCGCCUCCCAUCUCAGACGGAAUCCGUGACCUCAAAUCGCACAGAUUCUCUCACCGGGGAAGAUUCCCUGCUUGACUGUUCUCUGCUCUCUAACCCUACUACUGACCUUCUGGAAGAGUUUGCCCCCACAGCAAUCUCUGCUCCGGUCCAUAAAGCUGCAGAAGAUAGUAAUCUCAUCUCAGGUUUUGAUGUCCCUGAGGGCUCGGACAAGGUGGCGGAAGAUGAGUUUGACCCUAUUCCUGUAUUGAUAACCAAAAACCCACAAGGUGGGCACUCUAGAAACAGCAGUGGGAGCUCUGAGUCCAGUCUUCCCAACCUAGCCAGGUCUUUACUGCUGGUGGAUCAGCUCAUAGACCUGUAGCCGUGACCCAGUAGCAGAUGCAGUUCUGUAACCUUCAUACCGUAAAAUACAUUUUCAUUACAGAGUUAUGAAAAAAACGAUUUUUUAAAAAAAAUCUGCAAAUAAGGGGCCCUCCAGCCCUUUUCUCCUACCCCUUGCCUUCUCCUGUAGAAAUGAUAAGGAAAGAAAAUCACUUUGGCCCUCCAGAUAUUUCUUGGCCAGUUCCUCCCUGUUAGUUUGCUGUGUUUUCUCAUUACCCUUCUUCAAUAGCAUUAUCUUAAAUCAAGCGCUAGAUGCCAUGAGCUUCACCUCUGCUGGAGUCGACUCCACCAAAAGCUUAACUAUAACUGAAACUAGUGAAUUGACACUUUUGUCUCAUUCUUGCUAGGAAUGGCCUCCCAAAUCAAUUCUCCCAACCCGUGUCUCCUUUGGCCAGAUGCUGAUGAAUGUGUUUCCCUGUUUUUGCUUUUUAUCCUGAUGUAUUAUCAUGAGGACAUGGCUACUUCAGUUGGUCUUAACUCUAGGCAGUAGCCUGGAGAUGGGUGUUUUAUUUCCAAUGGUUUAAGAAAGGGUAAAACUUACUGACUGGUAGUAUAUAUAUAUAUAUGAGAAGAGAAAUUGAGCCCGACUCUAGCCAACCAACUUUGACCUUGUUUGAUCAUAGACUUAGCCAAGGGAUUUUACACCCCAUGCAACCUGCCCAGCAUUCGUCCAGCUUUCUGGCUUCCAUUGAACCGUGAUUUCUCAGAUCUGGAGACGUGACUGCAAGUACUUGAGACCCUUGGAUAAAAUGUGUAUGUUAUAUAAAUCCCAAGUAUUGCCAUUCCUUUUCAUGUUAACUGUCCCAAGUGGGAUCUCAGAAUUAGACCAAAACAAGACAGUGGUGGUAAUAUGAUACCUUUUAUUAGAAGACUUUUCACUGCGGGAGGGGGGAGGAUGGGGAGGGGAAGGAAUUGUAGCAGAAACAGAUGUAUUUUUCUUGUGAUUUUUAUUUUGAAUCAAAUAUUGUAAAUUGUGUAUAAAUGAAGACGCUGAAUAGUUCUGUUUCCACUUGGCAUUUCAAGUCUGAUAUCAGGUGUCUGUACAGGGUUUUGAUCUCUUUCCCUUGUAUAACAACACAACAAUCCUACAGUGUAACAUAUAGAAUCAUUUUGAAUAGACUUGUGUGUUGCUAUAAGCUUUCAGCAGGUCCUCUGUCUCUAGAAUAAGCAUGUUGUUUAUUUUCAGAUAAUCAGAAAUAAGUGUGCUGACAAGCUGGACACAAUCUGAGUGCCCACGUUACCUUUCUUUCUCUCUGAUGUUUAAAUCGAAGGCUGCAGCCAAUGGAAUAUGUUCAGUUGAUUUUCCUUGGCUUCCUAGAUAAAAAAAUAAUAAUAAUAAAACAAAACAUAGUUCUUUAUUAACUUUAGGAUAUUGUUCAUAAAAUAAAUAAAGGCCCCUGCACUAACAUGACAACAUGCCUCAUGGUCACCCUCUGUAUAUGUACUUACUCAUUAAAGUGUGUUUUAUUUCCUUAUGUGGAAAGCACUUUUAUAAAUCACCCUUUUGAAAAGAAAUGGGCACAGAGAACCCCACUCUUGUUCUCUUCCUCUAGUGCUAUUGUCCAUCAUCAAAAGGGAAACUCUUAGUUGAUCAGAUUUGUACAAAUAAAAUUCCGAGUCCAUUGCUUGUUUUGCUAUCUAGUACUUUUGUUUCUUCUUCCUCACAUUUGCACUUUAAGGGGGGAAAAAGUUUAACAGCAACAACAGCCUAUGAAACACUGCAUUCUGGAGGGCAAGGUUUGGCCCUAGGAAUGGUGUGAGCAGACUUUGAAAGGUAUUGGAGGAAAAGUCUGAAUCUUCCAGCCUUCCUUCUGUCUUUAAAUACGUCCUGUGCUGGCUGAAACAAGACGAGCUAGGUAAAGACCUUUAGUUGAAUAAUAUUUCCAAAAUGGAGAGAGGCACAAGCUUCCUGCCGAGGAUUAAAAAGCAAAAGAUAUCCACGAAGGGCUCUCUGUGGUUGGGUAGCAGUGAAAAUAGGACUUGGUUUACCCCUUUAUGGACAGGAAAAUUGCUGCAGUUUGGAAUUGUAUUCUCUUUCCUGGACAUAGAAAGAAUGUAUUAACUAAUGAAGGAAAUGUUUAUUUUUAAAUAAGAAUAAUGUUUUAGUUCUGCAUUUUCAUAUUUGAUUUUUUUCAUAUAUACAUAUUAGAAAUAUAAUGAAAUAUCUAGUUUCUCAAUUGAAACUAUGAAGAGUACAGUUUAGAAAUUAGGUAUCUCUAAAUUGUUCUUUUGAUAAUUACAUUGAGAUAUAUUAUCUAGUCAUUUGGCUCAGUAAAGCUUAAUGGAGGCUGUUACUGAAAAUGAGCAGACUAGAAGCCAGAGAUGGUAGUAGAAGCCUGAGGGAGAUAAUGACAAGAAAUUGUCUUGGGCCUACUUAGAGUAAGGCCUCCUCAAAAGGGAGAACUAUUUUUCCGUUAAGGAACAUAUACGAGUGCUUUGGUAAACGGGGCCUUCCUUGGUUUAUAGCAUCAUCCCUGAGCUAAAAGAGUUUAUUUGAGAUGAGCAUAGUGUGCUAGUACCUGUGGAAUCAUAGCCUGAGCUACAAAGGGACCUUUGAGACCAUCCUUUAGUCCACCAUCCUCUUCAUUUUACAGGUGUGGGACCUGAGCUGGAUUGAACAGGGCCGGGGGAGAAGAGGCCUGGGCAGGACAGGCCACCUGGGAUCUCAUCCUGGCCCUUGCCAGCUACUGGCUGAGUGACCUUCAGCAGGCACUUCACCUCUCAGAGCUGCUGUUCCUUAGAGUUAUACAAUGGGUUUGGACUAGAUGGUCUUUAAGAUUAUAGAAGCAUAGGGUCCUAAGUAGAUAUUAUUAUGUUUAGAAGGGCUAUGAAGGAUUUAUAUAAUCCUGAUGUUCUUCAGUUAUCUUCUAUAGUUCCUGCUAUUUCAGUGGCAGUGUUUACAUUUUAAAGAAUUAUAAUGGGCUUGUACUAACUUGCUCUUUCUUGAUUAUCUGAAUAGAAGCCUAAAUCAUCAUAGUCUGAGAGAUUUUUCUUUUUAAGUAUUACAGAAAAACAUGCGUGUAAACACACCUACCUAUUCUAAUAAAAUGAUAUCAGAUUUCUUCUUAAAUGUAUAAUCAGGGAUUUACCAGUUUAAAACGGGCAAAUACUGUAAGCAUAUGUUUCUGAUUUGCUUUUAUUCCAACCAUGUAAGAGGAGUAACUAUCACAAAAAAGAGCAGAAAACAUCACAAAUCGAUUUUCCCUUUACAACAUUCAAAUGAGCCCCAAUGUUUUCAAAAACACAUACCUCAGAGGAGAUAGGGCUUAAAUGGGCACCCCUGAGUAUGAUUGUGAUUAUUAUAAUUAAUGAUUUCUUUAGCAGAUAUAUUAGAAUUUUGACAUCUAAUUAAAUGUUGUUCCCUUCAAAGUCAUCUAGUUUUACUUAUGUAGUUAUUAUUCUAAUGAGGCUGCCAUCCUUAAAGUUAUUUUUGACACUCUUCUCCUUAGAAAUAAUAUCAAGGAAGGUAAUAAUGUAUAAGAAAAUCAGUUAUAUUUAAUUCGUAUCACUUUGAGAAAGCAUCUGAAAGUAUACUCUUUCUUUAUCUACUUUUUCUACUACUCUUGGUUCUGAGUAACAUUUAGCCAUUUCCAGAAAGCAAAUUCAACCCUGCAAGAUGAAGAGUGGUUACUGUUGAAGACAGUAAAAAGAAUAAUCCACAAAAAAGUCUCAGAGAGGAUCUUAUAAUAGAAAGUGAAUAUGAUCAAGUCUUAAUUUCUUUAAUUUUCAGAAUAAGGAAACUUCUGUGAUUCCCUCGUCUUUAGAAUGGUUUAAAAAAUUGAAACAUAUGGGUAUUAAAACACCUCUGAAAGAAGUUGUCACUUUGUUUAGUGUUGAUAUUGGACUUCACUUUUCCUGAAAUAGAAUUACAGAACUUGGAUUGCUAAUACUUGUAGAAAAACAAACCCAAGAAAAGAACUUACUUUUCUCAAGAUGUAAUAUUUGUUUUGUUGUGAAUACUUUUGUUUUUUCUGCUUUGAAUACUUACUUCCUACUCUCCUGACAGAUAAUCAACCAAUAUAACCUUCCCCAGGUCAGGAACAGUUCUGCCUUCAGCGCUGCUAUGGGAAUGAAGGGAUCUUUGGGGCUGACAGCCUGCAAUAUGAAGGGAUCGCUGAAUAAAUACAUGCUAUAGAUACCUUGGGCCAAAAUAAAGUCUCUCUUGAUAAGGUUUUUCUGGGAUUUUCCAGAGUCCUUAACCUUCUCAGCCUAUAAGAUUAUCAGACUCUCCUAGCUGCUAACUUUGAGCUUUGGGAUGAAAAUGACAGGAUUGCCCAGUGUUCUGGGUUAAGCAACUUAGAGGCUGCCUGGCAGAACAGAAAAACUAUCAUAUGAAUAUUUACAAUGGAAUCUUUCCUGAAACACUCCAGAUACUGCAAAGCUAUCUUUUAUUCUUCUCUAAAGUCUAUAAUUUUAUCAACACAAAGUUAGCCUUUUCUUUUCCACACUAGUAAUGUUUCUGAAGUUGGAUGUGCUUAGGUUUCUUAUCACAAUGAGUCCCAGAAAAUCUGUAACAAGAAAACUCUUUUGCUUCUCCCAGAUUUCCUUUCACUAACAUCAGAUAGGGAGGCUCCUGGGGUAAUGCUAACCUAUUCAAGAAGUUUCCAAAUGGUGGUAGUUGCUAGAAUGAAAGACACUUUCUUGGAUCAUACUUUGAUGUAGUGUCCUGAAUUUACUCUUUCCCAUGAGUAUUCUACUCUGCCCUAUUGCACUCUCCUUUGUCAUGUGGAUGUGUAUUUAUCAUAGGUCUUUAACCUGUCCUUCCCAAGAAGACAAAGCAGACAGUUGUACAUGAAGAUACCUUAUGCAGUAAAAAUGUGAAAUUUGAACAUUGCUGCACAAGUAUUGUAUAAAAAAAGUCUGUAAAGAAAUUUCUUAUGUAAACAUACAGAGGAAUAAAGACUUUUAUCUGUUCAAAUGGGAGCAUAAUGUUUAGAGAUGUAAAUAACUUAAGUUGUUCUUUUCCUGAGCUGAAAACCCACUUUUUUGCAGAAAGGAUUUAAUCACAGUGUUGAGUGACAAUAAGUACCUGUACACAAGAAAAGUGUAGCUACAUACUGAGGACAUAGUAAUGAAUCAUGGCUACCCGAAAGAAUAAACCUUCUAUGGCCAAGGAGAAUUAGACGCCGGCCAGCCUACAUUGGAUAUGACCAGACACAAGUUUGUAAAAUGGAGCACAGGUUUGCAGCUUCCCUCCUCUAACGUAAUUCUUAAUAUACCCAGGCCAACUUAAUUAAACGUUUUAUGUUGGCAGGAAUAAUUUUAUCCCCAGUGAGGAAGCGCUCUCAUUUAAUUGCCUCAUUGGCUUGAGAGGCACAGCUGGCCAUUUUUGGCUUCCAUCAGUUCCCUCAUUUCCUAGUCAUGGGUUUUAAUGCAGCUGCCCAAUAUGUGGUGGAACCAAAUGCCUACUUUUAUUAUGUGAACUAAAAGGUCAUGGAAAUUAUUAGUUUGAUGUACAUCUCUUGGUUUCCCUGGUUUGGUUCUAAGAUUUUACAUUUCAAUUGCUGUUGCAUUUCCAAGUUUUUGUGAAGGAGUAGUUUGCUUUGUAUUUACUAAUUAUAUGAGAAGGCUUCUUCUCAAUACUCCAAGUCUUCAUUUUCCAUUUUUGGCAACAAUUAUAUCUUUGAUACUCCGUGUAACUGUUAUUUCAGUUUAUGGUAUGAAGGAAACUAAACUUCUGGUUGUGCAUGAUAUAUUUCAUUAAGGAACAUCCAUCCUGACAUUUAAGUCUUAAGAGUUUGAUUCUUUAGGGAGCAUUCUGAUGACCCUCACUAUGUCAGUCAGCUGGAAUUUCCAAGGGAAACCAAUCCUAAAUGAUUCAGCACUUUUGGUUGCUUUGGAAGUUAAUAGGGAGCUGGUGAGGAUAGUUGCCAAGUCAUCAGGUAUUUUAGGGACUCUUUCUCUUCCUUGAAGCAUGUGAAUUCUUGCUGAAAUCUACAGAAUUUGGAGCCUCAAAAUAGACUAAUAUAGAGUUACCCAUAUCGGAAGUGUCAAAGUGCCCAAUCUGACACACAGUCCUACAUCAAAGCAAGAAAAAGAAGUGUGUUUUGACUUCUUGCUUAAUUUUAUGUGCAGAAGGAAAAUAAAAAGAGGCAUGACCCAGUUUGAGGGAAUUAUAACCAAACCCUACCUUAGGCUCUGUGAUAAGUAAGACCCUGAGCAGACUGUGAAGCCAGGCCCUGGGCUUAAGCCCCUGAGGUACAACAGGCAGUGUGUACUGAGUUCUGUGGCCACAGGUGUCUGCUAUGGUGUGCUAUUGGUUACCAGAGGAACCGGGCCAAGGCAUGUGGUUAAGUUGGUAUAAAUCCCUCAUUGUUAGUAGAGAAACUAUUUCAAACACAUUUUCUUGUUGACACAAUGCUAUUGUCAUAUAAAGGAACUGUUCACCCUGAAAACACAUUUUCCCUAUAAGAACACAUUCACAUACUCAAAAAAAAAAAAAAAUUUUUUUUUUAAUUUGCCAACAAGAUUUAAUGGUUACCUUCUGUUUAUAGUAUAUUUGGAAUGUCUCUUUCUCUUGACUACCUUGUUUCUGGUGCCACCACCACCAGAAUUCCUUAAGUGAAUGUGGAGGUCUGGGCUUCCCCCAUAUUCUCUGGCAUUUCUUUGGCCUUCAGAGUACCAGGCCUGGAGAGUUGCAAAGUGUGCUUGCUCUCUGCCUCAGUCAGUCAUACUGUACCUCCUCUAAGAGUAGAAAGGUUAAGGACUUGGCCUUCUCAGGAGAACCCUUUAAAUGUAGUUUUCCACUCCUACAAAGCCUAUUGAUGCUGAAAGAAAGAUAGGAAAGAGCUCUAGUCCUUGUUUUGAAGGACAGGAGACUAAUUUUCCGUUCAAACUUGAUAUUCUGGUAUUUUUGUGACUGUUUUGUGAAUUAUUCAAAGUUGUUGGAAUUUUAAGUCUGAUUUUCCCCUUAGUCAUCGUGAAGGUCAUAGAAUAUGCUCUGAGUUGGAAUGUUUGCCAACCGGGUUCUUGACCGAAAACCUACUUUUUAACAAAUAAUUUUGAUGGAUUAGACAUGUGCUUCCGUCCUCUCCAACUCUGGAUAUGGGUACACACACACCCUUGGUACUCCCCAGUUCUCAAAAUGUAAUCUAGCACUCUAGGCAUCCAGGGUGCCCCUGGCUCAAUAGAUAGCCGGUUUGCCAGUCUCCACACACAAAUUGUUUUUACUGAAUUUAGUUUAAAUUUCUAAAAAACACUGACUCCAGUCAAACUAAUGUUCAUUGUUUACUGACCUGUAUGAUGUCAGAAUUGGUCAUUGGCUUGACUUUAAGUUUUUCAUUUUUUUCCCUAAGAGAUACUUUGCUCUCCUGAAGCACAAGCUUAAUAACAUCAGCUUUCAGGGUAGUUUUGGAAGAUGAGAAAUUGUGCUUUUGUUUUGGCAACUGAAAACGUUGUUCAACUGAUGCUGUGUGAGGAAGCUGCUUCCAGGAGUUUUAGGGCUCUCUUGUCCCGCUUUAAGGCUCUGCAAACCUUAUUUUAGAAAACUUAUUUUUCUCCCUUUUAUUUGAAUUUCCUCCCAGAAAUUAUUAUCUUGGUAUCACUGAGACAAAUCUAAUAUCAAUAUACUUGCCUGAGAAAUUAGGAUGAUGUCUAUCCACAUAAAUUACAAGGGAGAAGGUGUUCCGUUUAUUUCCUGUCGACUGACUGUUGCUUUCGUAUUACCGUGUAGUUGCACAUAUUAAAAUUAUAAUUCAAGGAAAAACUUAUUCUCUUCAAAAUCUUAUUCUUCAAAUACUGUUCAGAAAGCCAUUUGGCAGCAGUACAUAAUUCAACUUAACGCUCUAAUCUGAAAUUUACUGAAUUCAUUCAAACUGUUAGAAAGGAAAAUAAAAAUGGAGGAAAAACACAUUUUUGUUUUGUUUCUGAAAACAAUAUUUAAGGUCAUAACUGUUUAAAAAGAAGCACUGCUAAAAAGUUAUAGGAUUCAUAGAAACAUAGUAUUUUUGUACAGUAUCUUAUAAAAUGUUCAGAUCCCUCUCUACCUUCUCUUUACAAUGUAAUGUCUCUAAGUGACUGGUUUCCCAAUAAACUGAUUUUAAUGCCUC